CGGCUACAUAUGAGUAACUAGCAAACAUCGACAACUAGUUACAUGUUGUUUCCUUUGUCACACCAUUAUUAGCCGUUUGGUUGGCAUAUUCAACUACUACCAUACAAACUCCACCUUUCACCACCUCAUUUUAAAUUCAGAAAACCAGAAAACUUUGACUCCUUCCACCUUCAAAACCCUUAGAACAAACACCUAUAUACAUACAUACAUACACACUCUUUUCACUUACAAACACACACCCAUUAUCGCCUAUCCUCCUACAAAUGGAUUGCUUGGUUCUACCAGUCUCAAUCUUGAGCCGCCGUUGCUCCGGCCACCUGCUAGGUUACCGGCAGCUAACUGAUGACUUCUUUGUUGGCUCAGAUGAUCCGAUCACAGUGGUGGUAGGGAAGGAAAAGAAGGAGUUUUUGGUGGACCCUUUCGUGUUAGAUGAAAACCCUUUUAGGGUUUUGUUUGAUUUGGUGAAGAACAAGAAGAAACACUCAUCAUCAUCAUCAUCAUCAUCGUCAUCAAGAUUGAUGGUUGAUCAACAGAAGAAGAAGAGGGUGUUGUAUGUAGAUGUGGAUGCCAUUUUGUUUGAGCAUAUGUUAUGGUUGAUGCAUAAUGAUGUAUCAUCAUUGUUCAAGCUUAAUCUCAGGGAAAUUAUUGAUUUCUAUGCUCAAGAUUACUAGCUAUUUAUGUAAUUAAUCAUCUUUUACAUAACAAUAUAAUUACACAAAAGAUUGGAUUAAUUUAUAUAAUCUAUUUCUUAUCUUUCUUUCA